AUGGCAGAGGAAAAGGGUAAUCGAAUUGACGUCGACUCUGAGUCAGAGCGGGCCGAGGCGUUGAAUCGAUUUCGUUCCGCGGCGAGCAUCAGCAUGACACCCGAGUUGUUCGAGAAGCUGUACCUGGCGCCGCAGAGUAAAGUCAAGGGCCAUCUGAGAGAUACGUUUGGAAACCCAACACCAAUUCUGAUGGGCUGGCGAGGAGCAAGCGGCGGCGGCGCAGCUACAAUCCCGGUAUACUUCUUCCAAGCCGGAAUCCUCAUGACCGUUGGCGGCCUCCUCGAAUGGAUCCUGGGCAACAGCUUCCCCGCCGUCGUCUUCACAUCGUUUGGCACGUUUUGGUUGUCUUACGGAGGUGUUUUGAACCCGUCGUUUGCUGCGUUUUCUUCGUACGCAAAGGCGGGCGAAGAUGGUACCGAGGGGCUUCAGACAACCGGCUUCAAUGCCAGUCUUGGCUUUUGGUUUCUCUUCAUGGGACUUCUUAGUCUCGUGUUUCUCAUUUGUUCACUGCGUACCAAUGUCGCCUUCUUCAUCAUCUUCUUGACGCUGGUAAUUGCUUUUGGACUGUUGACCGGAGCUUAUUGGGCAAUGGCGGAGGAUUUCGUGGGUAAUGCUCAUUAUGCAAACAAGUUGCUUGUGGGAGCUGGAGCCUCGGCUUUUGUAACGUGUCUGGCGGGAUGGUACAUUCUGUUAGCCAUUUCGCUUGCGAUAGUCGACUUUCCGAUUCAGAUUCCGGUGGGUGAUUUAAGCAAUGUAGUCAAGGGCAAGUCGAUUAGGGAGCACUGA